GGGGUUGGGGUCCUGGGCACCCUGGCGGGGACGUCGCCCCCGUCAGCGAACCCGGGCAGACCUCGCAGCUCUUUCAGCUACCUGCGGUUCCUGGGAGGCGCCAUGUGGGGCGGGGCCCAUCCCACCUGCGGCGCUGCCUGGCCCUGAAUCCUGGGUCCAGGUCCCUCCAUCGCUGACCUUCCCAGCAGAGUCAGGGCAACUUGUGGACCGGCUCUCUGGUGUGAGCUGUGAAAGAGGCAGCCGUUUGUCUCUUGUUCAUCCAUCCAUUCCUGCGUCUGUCCUCUGACCUCCGUGGUCUGCGAACCUGCUGCACACCAGGCCCUGCCUUACUCUGCUUUGUGACCCUGACAGCACAGGCGCCUGACCAGUUAGAGCUGAGGGACAGCCCCUGUCUUUCCAGGCCCCAGUUUCUGGUCUUCCUGACAAGGAGCCGUUCCUACCUCUGUUCAUUGAUACAAUAUAACGGCUGGCACUGUCCACCUUUGCCCCAGACUCUGAGAAACUGUGAAAAAUACAUCUGUCCUCAGAAAGCUCCUGAGCCAGAAGCCAGGCUUGGAGAGAUGAGCUCAAGCGCCAUUACAACCUGGGGGAAUACUGGAUCGAGGUGGAGAUGGAGGACUUGGCCAGCUUUGAUGAGGACCUGGCCGACUCCUUGUACAAGCAGCCAGCUGAGCACCUGGAGCUGCUGGAGGAAGCAGCCAAGGAGGUGGCUGAUGAGGUGACCCGGCCCCGGCCUGCUGGGGAGGAGGUGCUCCAGGACAUACAAGUCAUGCUCAAGUCGGAUGCCAGCCCCUCCAGCAUCCGGAGCCUGAAGUCAGACAUGAUGUCGCAUCUGGUGAAGAUUCCUGGCAUCAUCAUCGCGGCCUCUGCAGUCCGGGCCAAGGCCACGCGCAUUUCCAUUCAGUGUCGCAGUUGCCGCAACACCCUCACCAACAUUGCCCUGCGCCCCGGCCUGGAGGGCUAUGCCCUGCCCAGGAAGUGCAACGUGGACCAGGCUGGCCGUCCCCGGUGCCCGCUGGACCCGUACUUCAUCAUGCCUGACAAGUGUAAGUGUGUGGACUUCCAGACCCUGAAGCUGCAGGAGCUGCCGGAUGCUGUGCCCCAUGGUGAGAUGCCUCGGCACAUGCAGCUCUACUGCGACAGGUACCUGUGUGACAAAGUUGUCCCUGGGAACAGGGUCACGAUCAUGGGCAUCUACUCCAUCAAGAAGUUCGGCCUGAACUCCAGCAGAGGCCGUGACAGGGUGGGCGUGGGCAUCCGGAGCUCCUACAUCCGUGUCCUGGGCAUCCAGGUGGACACGGAUGGCUCUGGCCGCAGCUUUGCCGGGUCUGUGAGUCCACAGGAGGAGGAGGAGUUCCGGCACCUGGCGGCCCUCCCCAAUGUCUACGAGGUCGUCUCCAAGAGCAUCGCCCCCUCCAUCUUUGGGGGCACAGACAUGAAGAAGGCUAUUGCCUGCCUGCUCUUUGGGGGCUCCCGGAAGAGGCUCCCUGAUGGACUCACUCGUCGUGGGGACAUCAACCUGCUGAUGCUGGGGGACCCGGGGACUGCCAAGUCCCAGCUCCUGAAGUUCGUGGAGAAGUGCUCUCCCAUUGGGGUGUACACGUCAGGGAAGGGCAGCAGCGCAGCUGGACUCACAGCCUCCGUGAUGAGAGACCCCUCCUCCCGGAACUUCAUCAUGGAGGGAGGGGCCAUGGUCCUGGCCGAUGGUGGGGUCGUCUGCAUCGAUGAGUUUGACAAGAUGCGAGAAGAUGACCGUGUGGCCAUCCACGAGGCCAUGGAGCAGCAGACCAUUUCCAUUGCCAAGGCUGGGAUCACCACCACCCUGAACUCGCGCUGCUCUGUUCUGGCUGCCGCCAACUCGGUGUUUGGCCGCUGGGAUGAGACGAAGGGGGAGGACAACAUUGACUUCAUGCCCACCAUCCUGUCCCGCUUCGACAUGAUCUUCAUCGUCAAGGAUGAGCACGACGAGGAGAGGGACAUGAUGCUGGCCAAGCACGUCAUCACGCUGCACGUGAGCGCGCUGACCCAGGCGCAGGCCGCGGAGGGCGAGAUCGACCUGGCCAAGCUGAAGAAGUUCAUUGCCUACUGCCGCGUGAAGUGUGGCCCCCGGCUGUCUGCGGAGGCUGCGGAGAAGCUGAAGAACCGCUACAUCCUCAUGCGCAGUGGAGCCCGGCAGCACGAGCGGGACAGCGACCGCCGCUCCAGCAUCCCCAUCACUGUGCGGCAGCUGGAGGCCAUCGUGCGCAUUGCAGAAGCCCUCGGCAAGAUGAAGCUGCAGCCCUUUGCCACGGAGGCUGACGUGGAGGAGGCCCUGAGGCUCUUCCACGUGUCCACACUGGACGCCGCCUUGUCGGGCACCCUGUCUGGAGUGGAGGGCUUCACCAGCCAGGAGGACCAGGAGCUGCUGAGCCGCAUCGAGAAGCAGCUCAAGCGCCGCUUUGCCAUCGGCUCCCAGGUGUCUGAGCACAGUAUCGUCCAGGACUUCACCAAGCAGAAGUACCCGGAGCACGCCAUCUACAAGGUGCUGCAGCUCAUGUUGCGCCGCGGAGAGGUGCAGCACCGCAUGCAGCGCAAGGUCCUCUACCGCGUCAAGUAA